UUUUGUCAGACUCUUUCUUGCAGAAGGGUCUGAAUUCAGUCCCGUUGGAGUGUUUUCCAGCAUGAACGAUUAAUUUCAGGACAUUUUCGGUCAGCAUGAAUCCGUCAUUACGGCAAGCGGUCCAGGUACUGAAGCAGCAAAGCAUCCCCAGAUCACGCCAACAUGUUUGCCUGGUGAAUAUAUUUUCCUGAAAUAUUGGGUUUAAUUCACAUGAAAUGCAAAAUAAUUCCACUUUUUUUUCUCAACUUGCAUCAUAUUUUUAAAUGUUGACCUGAGUCAAGUUUAUCCUGUGCUGCUUUACAUUCAUUCUGGAUUCUUUUUUUUUCCUUCUGUGUUUGAUGUGUUGUUUUUGAGAUAUUUUAGCCUACUUUAUGUUUCAGACGUGAUUUUUUUUUCUUUUUUUUUAUUGUCUGGGUCUGACUACGAGCCAGAGUGUGACUCUGGAAAUAUUGAACUUAUUCGCAGUUAAUUCAAAUUGAAGAAAGGGGUCUGUGACUUAUACGGACUGGGUUUAUUUUGGCAGAUAUUUAUUUUCCACUUGAUAAUUGAAACCAAAUGUUCUCUUACUUGCUCAGAUUUGUUUUCUGUUGAGAUUUUUUUGCUGAUCUGAAGCAUUUAAGUCUAAUGUCUAAAGAAAAAAUACUUUUUUCACAAUGCCAUAAUUGUAAUGUUUGAUUUAUAAAAAUAUGUUCCAGCUAUUGUGAAGGCAUUAAUUAAUGCAAUUGUUUAACUUUACCAAAAUCAAGACUAAAUAAAAAUAAUACAUAAAAAAAUAAACCCGUUUCCUGACGAGGAGAAACCUCAUUCCCACUUUCCACCAGCAGGGGGCGACCUGCGUCCUUGAUGGCGUCAGGGCUCCUCGCCUCUUCUCCUCCCCGUUUUCCAGCCUUCUGCUGCAGACGGAAUUCUCCUCAUCUCCUCCUCAAACUGGAUGUAUGCCUCCUUCUUUGCCUUCUCCUGCUGUCGGAGCUUCUCUCCAGCGGGAUCACGGAACAGAGCCGGUUGACACCAAAUCUAACGAAGAUCCAUCCUCUACAUUAGUUAUGAUCUUUGAAAUUCCCAUUCCUGGUAUACUCAAGAAAAAACAGUGAACCUAUGCUUUUGUUGUGCCUCAAGGACUUUAAUAGAUUCACAUAAUAUCUGAAGCCAUGGACUACUGAGAAAACUCAGAGCUAGUUCCAUUAUGUGUGAUCGAGGAGAGCCUGACAGCGAUGGAGGGUUGAGGAAUGAUAACCAGCAGGAUGACUCAAAUGCCAAUGACAUUCAGAGAGGAAACAGCAGGAAAACUGGUUCAUUGGCAGGUUUAAUGACGGAGACAGCAGAGGAAGACAAAGUCAUCAUCUGGGGGACGGACUCGCAGUGUGACGAUCCUGAGCUGGCCGAAUUUGAGAUGUUGGAGUGUCAGGAGCUAGAGGCGUACCUGGUUGAGGAGGGAGAGGACUUUGUUGGGCUUUCUGAGCGGAAGCAGAUCCAGGUGCAGUUUUCAUCUUGCAAUAAUACCACGAAUCAAGAAGUGGAAGAUGAGAAUGUGGAAGGAACAAGGUCACAUCCGCAUAUUUCCACUGAGCAGCAACCAGCAGCCUCGCUUGUCUCAGAGAGCCAAGACGCACCCAGGACUGAGCUCAGCUCUGAAAACGAUGUAUUUGUUACCUGUCUGUCCACCAUUUCAAGCAUUGCCACCACAAAUCAAAUGACAGACUCCUGGCACUCUGCCCCUGUCUCUCACUCAGCCAUGUCAGAGGACCUGGCUUCGCAAAGUUGCAGCACCAUCUCUGAGAGAUGCAAGAAUUCUCAAAGGCACGACAAGUCAUCCAACCCUGCCAGAAAAAGCACAGCACACCUAAAAGAUCUGGACAUGAAUUUGAAUUCAACUCUUCUAUCGGGGGAUAUUGGAUCCCAGGAACACGCGAGCGAUGGAGUUCUAUGCACUGAUGUAAGCAACAAGCACAACAACCAGAGAAACAAAGCUGGGAGCUUUUCAGAGGGAAACUCUGACUGUAAUGCUUUAUCUUCUGCAAAAAAGUCAAAUGACAAAGGUAACACUAAAAUGGAUAAAAGCACACAAGCAGAUGAAACCCCUGAUUUAAUUAGGUCAACCAAAAUAGCUGCAAAGGAGACUCAAUCAAAGGAAUGCAAUGCCACGAGAAAGCAAGGCUCAUUUGGCAACGCUCUAAAGAAGCAAAACUCUUUUGACACGAGUUUCAAAAAGCUCCCUUCCUUUGACAACUCUUUCAAGAAGCAGCUCUCUUUUGAUAACAGUUUGAAAAAGCAGGCUUCCUUUGAGAACAACAUCACCUCGCGGUCUUCAUCCCUGGAGAGCAGAAAGCCAUGGGGAAGCCCAAGUCGAACUGCAUCUACUGCUAAAGCUACCUCCUGCUCACCCAGCAGACAUCCACCUCCUUGUACGGGUAAAGUCCAAACUACUAGAUCUCUGAGUUUUGAGCGCAGCAACUCUCCUCUCAGAAGUCAAAGUGCCAAGCCUCCAAACAAGACAAGUAUAAGCAGUGGCAUUCCCAAACCAGUCCUACCGCAGCAGAAAGACAUGGAACCCAGGAGAACCUCUCCACCCCAGAAGCCCAAAAAUGUCAGGCCAAAAAUCAUAACGUGUGUUCGAAAGAAUGCUCAAGCAAAAUCACUAAGUGAACAGGAAGCCUCUGCAACCCCACCACGAAUUCCCUUGUACUCCAGCCUACCUGCUCACAGAGACUCAAAAGGCGUUCCGCAGUCUAGAUCCUCUCCGGUGCUCAGUUCGCCCAGUCCGCUGUUAGACAAGUAUCGACAGGAGGUGCAGAAGGUGGGAUACCAUCCUCUUGGCAAUGCUGUGAAACCUCCGAAUGGCACUGUCCACCAAAGGCUGAGCGGGAAGUCAGAGAGCUUUCACGAGGAGAUGUCCAGGAAGUACUUGCAAGAGCAGCAAAUUUCCCAAGAAGGAGGGAGUGUUUAUCAUUCACCAAGAGCCCUUAGGCCCCAACUGGGGUUGGGGGCGGUCACCAGGCAGCCUGUGGCCAAGACAAGGGGUCAGCAGAUGGGUCAAAAGACAUCUCCAGCAUCUUGUCAGUCUGUGAAAGGUCACCAGAAUCAGAUGGGACCCUGUGAGCAGAAGUGGUCUGGUCCAGAAACCACUCCCAAAAGUCUCCUUCUGAAAUCAGGCCAAACAGGCCUCCGUCCACCAGGUUUCUCCACCCUUCCAGCUUCACGGCUGGUGGCUUUAGGCGUCAUCCGGAGCUCCAGCUUCUCGUCUGUUUGCAGCAGCCAGUCCAACGACAGCUCUAACAGUGACCUCUGCCAACCCUCUCAGUAUCCCAGCUCUGGCAGUGAUGACACACCUCUUUAUAGAGCCACCACACAUCUUAGUGAAGCAUCCUUCGCUCAGACUCAACCUCAGGCCCCCAAUGCCCCAAACCUCCAGCGCCACAGCCUGCCGCCGCAGCAUGGCUCCCCAUUCGCUCCUAGAGGAGAGCUGCAGAAGGACAUCGAGGCUGCGCCAUCGCCUAAAUCCUACCCUAAAAGGUUCGCUGUGGUUCCACCUAAAACGCAGUCACCAGGUGAGUCUGUCCCACCGCUCCGUUUGAAUCUAAAGGCAGAACCACACAUCAGCUGCUACCGGGACUUUAAAAUGCGCGUCACUCCCAAACUGUACCCCUGGCACUCAUGUGUCGUCAUAGCAACAUUCCAGGGUACAGCCUGAAUGCUACGAU